GAGACGGGGGGAAGGACGGAGGGAAUGCGGGAUUUCGCGGAGGGUGCGGGGAGGCGAAAACAGGAGGUGAAAACAGCAGCGCGUCUCUCCACCCGCGCCGCCCCCCCCCGCUCCUUGUCCUAAUGGUCGCUGCCUACGGAUCCCGGGAGCGGCUGCCUUAACACUGCGGGAGGGUUAAACUAAGAAGGUGAAAGCGUGGGGGGGUGAGGCAGAGAUGGAACGUACCACGAGUGAUGAAGGAGAGGGGUGUGUGCGCACAAGGCAAGUAUGCGAUUUUUUUGGGGGGAUAUCUUGAGGCUUUGGAGGGCGGAAUACCCCCCUUUUUGGACAAUGGUACUGCCUAAAGAAGGAGAACCCCCAUCCCCUUUAAGGUAGCUUUGGAGAGGGGGGUCUCUCCAUCUGGGGGUGCUGCUUGGGGGUACUGUAUUCUGGGGACACCCUCCAAAAAUUAGGGACUACCAACUUUGGAGGGCAAAGAAGUAUCCCCCUGUUCCUUGGGUCUUGGGUCUUUCACCUGUGUAUGUGUGUGUGGUUUUUGAAAGCACAGGCUCUUUAUUAUUAAUAUUGCCAUUAAUAAUAAUGUAUUGCAUUUACACGUCAGAGGCUUGGUGUGUGGUGUUUGGGCCAUUGAUCUGGUCACUGGUGUGUUUGGUUUUGUGGAAUAACUAGCUCGCUGAAAUCAGAUCAGAAUGAUAAUAAUAACAACAAUAAUAAAAUGCCAUUAUGUAGGUGGGGGGGGGGGGAGAAGAAGCUAAAACAAUGUGAAACGAGAUCAAACCAUCUCAUUGUUGUGGUGGUUGUUUUAAAUACCAAAUCCUGUCUUCUUUUGCCCUGGCUGGCAUUUCACCUAAUCUCAUAUAAAACAUUGGUGUUAUUAUUAUUAUUAUAAAAUGCCAAACAGCAGAUUGGGAGAGUACCGCCACGGUAUGUUAUGUCAGUUACAGCAAUAAAAGCAGUGGUUACAUUUAUUUGUUUCAGGGUUUGCUUCCUGCAUUUCCACCCACCCACUCUCCAAAUGGAUUGUUUGAAACAGUGUAUAUCCUAGCAUAUACACUGUUUCCGUAACAGUAUCAGUAUCCAUUUUUAAAAACUGAACGACAGAAAAACAGAGGAUUUUUAAAAAGGCCACAUGGAUAAAAGCCUUCAGAUGGCAGGGAGAAAACUGUCAAAAGGCAGGUGUGCGGUCCAUGUUUUAGUCACCACUAUAUUAUCAUCAUUAUCAUUUUUAUUAUGUUUUGUUAUUAUUAAUUAGUUGGUUGUUAUCAAAAUCUCCAGGAGACUUUCAGGAGGCUCUGUCUCUUAUUCCCACCAGGUGAACUUUUGAUAAUGGUGGGACAUGAAGUUAUAAUGAGCAAUAGAUCAGCCUAAGAUAAGUUAAAAACAACAGCAGCCCAUAUGAACUUCUUUGCCCACAUUCAUUUAUUUUGUUUAGCUGCUUACGAUGCUUUAUGCGUGAUUUUUUAUUUUUGUAUUUUGUUCUUGAUUGACAUCUGUUUCAUUUCGAUAUUUUGUAACGCGGUGUUUUAAAGAGAGGCUGAAAAUUUCUUAGGCUUUUUUCUUCUUCAGAAAUGCAAAGUAGUAUAGAAAGGAUUAAAAUGAAAGAAUGGGGCAGACUCAGCGUCUUGCCUAAAGUAAGGAGUGGUUAGAGACCAUGUCUUUCCAGAUGUUGUUGGACUACAACUCCCAUCAGGCUCAGUUUACGAACCUAUUCUUCUUGGCAUCUAUCUGUCUGUCUCAAGGGUGAAGUUAAACUGCUGCUUUAGCAGCUCUGAAGUGACCUCCCUGGGGCACAAGCCUGGACUGCCCAGACAAGACCCCCACCCCCCCCUUGGCCUUGCUGUUGUGGUCUAGAGACUCUAGCAGGCAUGUCAAACCUGCGGCCCUCCAGAUGUUUCGGACUACAAUUCCCAUCUUCCCCAACCACUGGUCCUGCUAGCUAGGGAUCAUGGGAGUUGUAGGCCAAAACAUCUGGAGGGCCGCAGGUUUGACAUGCCUGCUAGAGGAAAGCAGAGCAAGAUGGCUGGCACCAGCUUGGCUGCAGGAGUUGCUGGAAGGAGACAUACAAGGCGCCAUCCAACCCUCUUAGGGACUCCCCUCUGGAUUUGUGUAGGGUUUACUCCUUAGCCUUUUCUUCUCCUGAAGAUGUCCUGCAAGGCAGCAGAGGUUUAUGAUGACAGUUUUCUUUCUCCUAGAUGGGCUCCCUUCCCAGGUGGAUGAGGCCCAUCUGCCCCUUGCUUCCAGCAUGUGCAGAAACCACCUUCUUGACUGUUGGACACCCUCUUAGAAUCAUAGAGUUGGAAGGGACCACAAGGGCCAUCCAGUCCAACCCCCUGCCAAGGAGGAAACACCAUCAAAGCAUUCCUGACAGAUGGCUGUCAAGCCUCCACUUAAAGACCUCCAAAGAAGGAGACUCCACCACACUCCUUGGCAGCAAGUUCCACUGUCGAACAGCUCUUACUGUCUUGUUCCUGUCUGCUCAGUCUGCCAGAGCCUGCUGGAUCAAGGCAGUGUUCCAUCUGGUACAGCAUCCUCCUGUGAGCUCAGGAUAGUUUCCUCUCUGCCUCUCAAUCCCUGCUUGUUUCCAGAUACGAAACACUACUUCCACUAUGAUUUCCUGCAUUCUUACCUUGCGUUCCUUCCAGUGUGGCAUAGCUGUUUCUCCCCCUCUCCAUUUCAUCCUCACAACAACCCUGUGAGGUAGGUUAGGGUUGAGAGAUGGUGACUGGCCCAAGGUCACCUGAGUGAGAUCCAUGGUGGAGUGAGGAUUUGAACCCAGGACUCCCAACACGCCAGCCACUUUGCCACACUGUGAUCUUGCCUGGCAAAGUUUUGGGGCAAUUGUGAUGAAACUUAGCUGCCUUGUAGUUGGAAAGAUAUAUAUACUCAUGUAAUCUGGUUUUGACUUGUCGCCCAGUUUAAUAAAUCUUAGAGGCUGCAAUCCCCGUCAUGUCUCCUUGGAAGUAAGUCCCAUUGAAUUCAAACGGUAAAGUUGUUUAGGAUUGCAGCCUUAGUCAAUGAAUCAUUUAUGUUACAGCUGAUUAGACCAGGGGUCAGCAACUGUUUUUCAGCUGUCGGACGGUCCACCACCCCUCAGACCAUGUGGUGGGCCAGACUAUUAUUUUUAGGGGGGGGGAAUGAAUGAAUUCCUAUGCCCCAUAAAUAACCCAAAGUUGCAUUUUAAAUCAAAGCACACAUUCUACUCAUGUAAAAAACACGCUGAUUCCCGGACUGUCCGCUGGCCGGAUUGAGAAGGCAAUCUGGCCAACGGACCUUAGGUUGCCUACCCCUGGGUUAGACCAAAUUGCCAAACUUUGAAGAGCAAUUUUAGUCAACGAAUCACUUAAGCUAUAGAGGAUUGGAUUUAAAUUGUCAAACUUCUGUGUGAAUCAAAGCAAAUCCUUUCUGAAGGGGGAAAAGAAUACUUUGUUUUCUAGAUGAUGUGAGGGCAUGUCACCGGAGAUGCCAUUUUUUAAAGAGGCCUUCUGUCAACAGAGAGAGAAAAGGAAAUGCUGCCCUCUGAGUUCUUGCAUUAAUCAGAAUUUUCUUUUCUUUUAUUGCCUGAUCUUUAUCUGGAGCUCUUUGGUCGAAAGGAAUUGCAAGAUUCCCUAGCACACUUAGGGAGGAAUAAAGCCUUUUUAUCUUGGAACUGGGCAGAAGGGCUUCACGUUGUACACAAGUUAGGUGGCUAACUUGGCUCCUGAUCAGACAAAUGUAUCUUCCCCUGUGCGUUGUGCCAUUGAGUUCCUCGGGGGCCGGAGGCUUCUCUUGUACUCUUGCCAGGACUUAUCAAAUAAUUUAUUAUCGUCGUCUGUCUUCGCUGCUGGAUGAAAUCAAUAUUAAAUGGAUGGAUUCAACAGCUUUGAUGGAAGGCGAAGGAUCCAGACUGGGGAAAUGUUAUGUUCGCUGAUCCUGUUGAUAAUCCAUAAAAUCCUGUUUCUGGUGGGAAAUCUGGACGUUAAAAGUUUUUCCAGUGUCUUACCUGUUGGACACAUUGGAGGCUCAUUCCAGGUGGCAGGCUGGUCACGAAAUUGAGGAGGCAAACCCCUGGAGAUCGGCAUUCCGUGCUGCGAAGUUGUCGAGCGAUGAGGGGAAUGUGCGUCCCUGAUGAGCCCAAGAGCAGAAUGUGAAAAGGAAUGGUGAAAUCGUGGCAGCACAGAGGCGACAAAGAAUCAUGAUUGCAUGAGCUUCCCCCUGCUUGUCUUGUUCAUUGGAUGCUAAUACAGAAUGUGGAGGGGGACAUUGAAGGUUGCCUUGCUCCCGUUGCAUUUCUCCGGCCCGGAGGGGGCAACCGAUUGCUGUGGUGACCCUGCCCGCGCUCUCCUAGCAACACCCAGUUAACUGGAGGCCAAGAAGAAGAGUUUCGUCCUUGGUUCCAACUGGAUCGGAAGUUGCGCCCACUGUCUCAAGGAGAAGAUGAAAUUUCCGUUCUAUUGGCCCUUGGUCCAAGGGGCGCAAUAGCCUUUCCUCCUGGAGCCUCGCCGGUAAAAACCGCCUUGGUUAUGGCUACUGAUCCAACGUGAUAAGAGGGGCAGCACCAACUCUUGGACUCAUGACUGGGUAUACCAUGUUGCGGAAUGGAGGGGUAGGCAACGGAGGCCAACCCUGGAUGCUGCGAUGGUCCAGCCGCAUUCGACUCACUUGGCUCAGCUUCACCUUGUUCAUCAUCCUGGUCUUCUUCCCCCUCAUCGCCCACUACUACCUAACCACCAUAGAUGACGCGGACGACGCCGGCAAGCGCAUCUUCGGGCCGCGCACGGGCAACGAGCUGUGCGAGGUGAAGCACGUCCAGGACCUCUGCCGCAUCCGGGAGUCUGUGAGUGAGGAGCUGCUGCAGCUGGAGGCCAAAAGGCAGGAGCUGAACAGCGAGAUCGCCAAGCUGAACCUCAAGAUCGAAGCCUGCAAGAAGAGCAUUGAGAACGCCAAGCAGGACCUCCUGCAGCUGAAGAAUGUCAUCAGCCAGACGGAGCACUCCUAUAAAGAACUCAUGGCACAGAACCAGCCCAAGCUCUCCCUGCCCAUCCGGCUGCUGCCGGACAAGGACGACUCCAACUUCCCCUUGCCAAAAUCCCACAGGAGCUGCCGGCUACAUAACUGCUUCGACUACUCCCGCUGCCCGCUGACCUCCGGCUUCCCUGUGUAUGUCUACAACAGCGACCAGUUCGAUUUCGGGAGCUCGUUAGACCCCUUAAUUAAGCAAGCCUUUGAGUCCACUGUCAGAACUAAUGUGUACGUUACUGAAAACGCAAACAUUGCCUGUUUGUAUAUAAUCCUCGUGGGGGAAAUGCAGGAGCCCGUCACGCCUAAACCUACUGAACUCGAGCAACAGUUGCACACACUGCCCUAUUGGAGGACCGAUGGGCACAACCACCUGAUCAUCAACUUGUCCAGGAAGUCGGAAACUCAGAACUUCCUUUAUAACGUCAGCACGGGGCGGGCCAUGGUCGCCCAGUCCACCUUUUACGAUGUACAGUAUCGCCCGGGUUUCGAUAUUGUGGUGUCCCCUCUUGUCCACGCCAUGUCUGAGCCCAAUUUCCUAGAGAUCCCGCCCCAGGUGCCGGUCAAGCGGAAAUACCUGUUCAGUUUCCAAGGGGAGAAGGUCGAGUCUCUCCGGUCCAGCUUGCAAGAAGUGCGCUCGUUCGAAGAAGAAAUCGAAGGCAACGCCCCAGCAGACUAUGAUGACAGGAUCAUUACCACCCUGAAGGCUGUCCAAGACAGCAAGCUGGACUUUGUCUUGGUGGAAUUCACGUGUAAGAACCAGCCCAAGCCAAGCCUGCCCACUGAGUGGGCUCUUUGUGGAGAAAGGGAAGACAGACUAGAGCUACUGAAACUAUCUACUUUUGCACUGAUAAUCACCCCGGGGGACACCCACCUUGUCAUCUCCGCUGGGUGCGCAAUGCGUCUUUUUGAGGCCCUGGAGGUUGGGGCGAUCCCGGUGAUCCUUGGAGAGCAGAUCCAGCUGCCCUACCACGAUGUGAUCCGGUGGAACGAGGCAGCCUUAAUCAUACCAAAGCCACGUAUCACGGAAGUGCACUUUCUUCUGCGGAGCAUUUCCGACAACGACCUCCUGGCCAUGAGGAGGCAAGGCCGCUUCCUGUGGGAGACCUACUUCUCCACCUCGGGCAGCAUCUUCAGCACAGUUCUAGCUAUCAUAAGGACUCGAAUCCAAAUCCCAGCCAUCCCCAUCCGGGAGGAGGCUGCGGUGGAGAUCCCCCACCGGUCCGGAAAGGCUGCUGGCACAGACCCCAACAUGGCCGACAAUGGGGACUUAGACUUGGGGCCGGUGGAGACGGAGCCGCCAUACUCCUCACCCAAAUACCUGCGCAAUUUCACUCUCACCGCAAUGGAUAUUUACAGAAACUGGAACUCUGCCCCCGGCCCUUUCCACCUCUUCCCCCACACGCCCUUUGACCCUGUCCUGCCGUCGGAAGCCAAGUUCCUCGGAUCUGGGACCGGGUUCCGGCCCAUCGGAGGAGGAGCUGGCGGCUCCGGGAAGGAGUUCCAAGCUGCGCUGGGAGGCAACGUCCCCAGGGAGCAGUUCACCGUCGUCAUGCUGACCUACGAGCGAGAGGAAGUGCUCAUGAACUCCCUGGAGAGACUCAACGGCCUCCCCUACUUAAACAAAGUGGUGGUGGUCUGGAAUUCUCCCAAGCUGCCAUCAGAGGACCUCCUGUGGCCGGACAUCGGCGUCCCAAUUGUGGUGGUGCGCACAGAGAAGAACAGUCUGAACAACCGCUUCCUGCCCUGGGAUGAAAUUGAGACGGAGGCCAUCCUGUCCAUUGACGACGACGCCCACCUGCGCCAUGACGAGAUCAUGUUUGGAUUCCGGGUCUGGAGAGAAGCCAGGGACCGCAUUGUCGGCUUCCCUGGGCGCUACCACGCGUGGGACAUCCCUCAUCAAUCCUGGCUCUACAACUCCAACUACUCCUGUGAGCUCUCCAUGGUGCUGACGGGCGCUGCCUUCUUCCACAAGUACUAUGCCUACCUGUAUUCCUAUGUGAUGCCCCAGGCCAUCCGAGACAUGGUAGAUGAAUACAUCAACUGUGAGGAUAUCGCUAUGAACUUCCUGGUCUCUCAUAUUACCAGGAAGCCUCCUAUCAAGGUGACGUCCCGCUGGACCUUCCGCUGCCCCGGCUGCCCCCAGGCCCUCUCCCACGACGACUCCCACUUCCACGAGCGGCACAAAUGCAUCAACUUCUUUGUCAAAGUCUACGGCUACAUGCCCUUGCUCUACACCCAGUUCCGGGUGGACUCUGUCCUCUUCAAGACGAGGCUGCCCCACGACAAGACAAAGUGCUUCAAGUUCAUCUAGGCGCGCAUGGAGACGCGUCUGUGUGUGCAUUGGCUGUGGACUUCUGGAACCGGAGACCGGAGGCGAGGAGGGAGGCAUGGAGGGGCUUCUCUUCCUCCUCCUCCUCCUCCUGCUGCUGCUGCUGCUCCUCCUCAUCCCCUGGGACAGGCGCCUCUUUCUGCCUAAGGAGACGGACACAGUGGUGGCUCCCGCAUCCUGUGCCAGCCCCACGGGGACGGUAUGCCGUGGGGCACCACCCAUUAAAGACUUUUGCUUGGUAUCGUGUACUGAGGAAAAAGGAAAAAGUGAGACUGGUUAGUCCCCCAGGUAGUGGGUUAGCCAAGGGGAAAAACUGGGGUUUUAAAAAUAUUAAUUAUUAUUUAAAAUGGAAGUGUUUUAGAUAUGCCUUACGUAAGGCUUUCUAUUUUUUUUCCAGAAGGUGGGAGGGGGCUGCUGGGAGGGAGGGAGGGGAUAUUUCAUGUUCGUUUCAUCCCCUGCCGUGAUGUUGCUUGGGGAGAAGCAGAGGCCCCAGGAAGCUGCGCCCCACGCCCUCUUGCCCACCCCGGCCAACAUCCCAGAUUUCUUUCUUGUUCUCAAGGAGGGAAGACUUGGCCACCUGAGGCCUCAGUCCGUUUGCUUCUCAAUAAGACCGGCUUGGGAUUUCCCGGAGGAAACCAAGGAUCCCUUUCUGUUGAAAAAUGCUGCCUUCACCUCUCCUCCCGCCUGCGCUAAAGGAUCCUGCCGCAGCACCCUUUUUUUGAGGUGGCCUCUCGACACACCCACCUAGCCACCGGGCGGGAAAGUCCUCAGGUGCCCUUUUGCCGCUGCUUCUCUCUGUGCCACGUGGGGGCAUCGCAUGAGCGCCCCACCUCCCUUUGCGGAAGCUCAAAGGUCUUAAUUUAAGCAUUGCUUGUGCAGCGCGGGAAGUUUCCAUGCUGCAGGCAAGGGCCACCACGCCAGGGUGACGGGGCUGGGCUCUGCUUGGGAGUGCGGUUUUAAAAACUCAUUUGAUGUGGCCUCUUAGGGAUUCUUCAACAAGACGCACUCCCCCCCCCCCGUAACGGGUCUGUGGUGUGUUCCGGAUGAAAGGUGCUGUAUCAUGAAGUGUAUGUACCCUAAAUCCAUCCUCUGUCAAGCAAUCAUGCCUGGUCUCAACAGCUCUCUCGGCCCCGAUGCCUCAAACUGCCCCUGCUUGUCCUCACCCCUUUCUGUGCUUCCCCCCCCCCCUAUGGCUCUUGGGACUGGGGUACCAGCAGCUGCUGGAGAGCGACAGGCGAGUGGUCUACUCCCCAGAAGCGCUGGACCCCACAGGAAACUGCACGCAAAUUAAUAUUAUUGUUCUAAAGAGUGCAGGCCGUCUCUGCGGCCCCCCCCCCCUGCUUUCAAGCUACUUCUGCACAGAGUUUUGGUUCCUCAGGGUGCCGUUUCUCGAAAGGCUCUCUCUUCGACAUCACAUUGGCAAAGUAGGCCAUUGUGUGCAGUCUUUGCAAAACUGCAAAAGAUUGUGUGGAGCAACUUGCUGCCCCUCACCCCGGCUGCAAUUUAGAUUCCCCUUCCCCUUUUUAUUUAUAGAAAGGCGGUGUUGAAAUAGCCUCCUUCCUGUAGCAUCUGCAAAGGUUGGCCGUCCCGUUGAUAUAUUCUCCCACUGCGAUUCCUGUCCUGGUGUCCUGCUUCUUGCAUGUCAUGGGUACUGGCUGGAGCUCUGCACUGCUAAAAGGUCACCAUCACCCUCUUGUGAAAAUGCAGGUGGAAGGUGGGGGGCUCCCUCUGCCCCAUUUGGGCAGGAAGCGCAUUCGCUCGCUGGCAUGUUUGAUGGCUGCGACUCAUGAAUGUUUACAGACCUCUCCGUCCUUUUUUGGAUAGUCUGCAGGGCCUGCAAUUCUCUCUCUUGCUGGCAGUCGCAUUUUCAAAAGGAGAGUCUCUCUUUUUCACCCGGUAACCCAAUAAUGCAGACUGUCGCCAUGCGAGGUGAAAUGCAGCGAGGGAAACAAAAGGGCUGUCCCAACGGAAGCGGGUUCUCCUUAGGCAGCCCCCGUCCCACUAGUCGUGUUCUCCCCAUACUCUGCUCCCUGCCUGGAUGAAUGAUUAAUCCUCGGCCAGGGCAAAAGAGACGGUGGUACAUAAAGUGUCGGAGUCUCCAGGGUGAUCAGCCUCCCUCGUGUGUCCACAACAUAUACAGGCCUCCUCUGUUGGGUGCGCAAGGCUUAAAAGGAGGCCAUGUGCAGAUGGUCUCUCCGUCUAGUGCAGGCACCCCCAAACUCGGCCCUCCAGAUGUUUGGGGACUACAACUCCCAUCAUCCCUACCGUAGCUGACAGGACCAGUGGUCAGGGAUGGUGGGGAUUGUAGUCCCAAAACAUCUGGAGGGCCGAGUUUGGGGAUGCUUGAUCUGGUGGAUGGGAAAGUGACAUGAAAGGAACUUCAUCUCUCCUCGUCCAUGAUAAGCAUCGCCCCUUCUGUUUUCCUCAAUGCAUUUAAACCUCUGUAAGGUGCCAAGCUAGGUUUUGAGCAUCCACUCAAAAAUGUGUUUACAUGGUUCCUCCUCCUCCUCCUCCUCCUCCUCCUCUGCUGUGCUGGUUGGAGCUUACCCAACUUGGAACCCCCCCCUCCCAAAAAAGGCACAGGCUGCUCUCCAUCCUGCUCCCCCUGCGGUGUUUUCUGACCUCCGUUCGAUGUGUGGAAACCCAGAUUAGAACCACAAUGCACAGUUCAAACACAUGCAAGCACUCACUCUUUUUGAAAUACGACCAGGUGUUUUUUUAAAAAAAUAAAACCACACACAUACACACACACAUGCACUUUGGGCUUCUUAAAAUAACGGGGGCUGUUUUUAAUCGCCCCCUUCAAUGUUGCGAUCAUGCCAAAUGGAGAUUUUUAAAAAGAUAACCUUAGCAGGCCAAGGUAGAGCCUUGCCGUGCUGCCCUCUCCAUGUCGUGCUAGGUUUGUUUUUUUCCUGCUGGGAAAAGGAGCUGGUCGAUUAUUGGACCCAUCCCUCAGGCUGAUUGGAACCCAGGUCCUGCAGCAGAAGAAGGUAGUGGUUAGGUGAGAGAAACUCCCUUUCAUCUGGAGGCAUUUCAGUGGCUUUUGCCAGACCUUGGACACCUGUGUUGGUGCCAUUCCUCCUAAGAGGCCGCCUUCCUCCGCUGCUCAAAAUGGCGGCCCUUUUUCAUUUCUUUGAGGAGAUAGGAAAAGGUGGGGUCUGCGUGAAGAGGGGGGGGGCUUCCUCAUUCAAGGCAUUCUGGCAUCUUCUGCAACCGGGUGCAGCUGCUCGACUUUAUUUCCUCUGCUCUCCCCCGCCCAGCGCAACAGCCAAGGCGGGCCCUCAAUUCCUUGCCACUAUGAAUGUGUUUUAAAAGCUCUGUGAGCACCAAAUUUUAAAAGGCGGGAAAGCAAAAAGUGGGAGGCGGGAGGGGGCGGGAUCUAAAACCUUGACACGAGCACAAUUGUUCAUAUGUUGGAUUUUGUAAAAGGGUGAAAUAAACUCAGUUUAACUUGAA